AGAAACUGCCCGCAAAGCGCAAAACAUGAGGUAGGCACGGUCUAGGUCAACACCAUCAGCCUCAUCUCGACUAGGCCAAUUCCUCACCGUACACAAACUCAGCCUUGCAGUUAAUCGUCGCCGCCACUGUAAAUCGCUUCGCUCAUUUCAAUUCUCUCCAACUCAACCGUAACAAAUACCAAAAUGCUCACUUCCGUGGGCCGGGCCGCCGUCCGUCGCGUUCAGACAACCCGCCUUUCUGCUUCCGCCCCCUCUGCCGCCCAAUUGCUCUGCCGCCAGUCGACCAUAAAGACUGCGCUCCCCAUUCGCAGCUUCACCGUCUCAGCAUGGUCCCCCUCUCCUGCCUCCGGCGAUAAGAAGGCCGCCAAGAAGACGACCACCACCACCCCUAAGAAGGCUACUCUCACCACCAAAUCCAAGUCUAAGGCGACUGAUAGCAAGUCCAAGUCCCAGACCAAGGCGAAGCCAAAACCCAAGGCUGCUGCGCCAAAGCCUAAGAAGGCCAAGAAGGAGGUUGAUCCGGAGAAGGCGAAGAAGCUCGAAAUCCGGGAGCUUAAGAAAUGGGCGCUCAGAGACAAGCUGGCUAUGCUUCCAGCCACCACUUGGGUGCUUUUUACGUCCGAGAACAAAGGAAACCUCACAGGAACUGGUGGAAUCACCCAACAAAUGACUGAGCUAUCCGAGAAGUUCCGUCAACUGACCGAAUCCGAGCUUCAAGACCUCUCUCGCAGAGCUGUUGCCAACCGCCAGAAGAACCUCGCGACUUACAAAGCUUGGGUUGAGACUCACGAGCCUGCGCGCAUUCACUUGGCUAACAAAACCCGCCGCCGCCUCGCUUUCCUGACUGGCAAGCCUGUCAAGCAAAUCUCAGAUGAGCGUCUGCCUCAGCGCCCUACAGGCUCUUAUUCCCUUUACCUAGUUGACAACUGGGACAAAAGCCAUGCUGAGACUAACCAGGCCAAGUUCAAAGAAAUUGGCGAGUCCUGGAAGGACGUGAACCCUACUGAGAAGGCACAAUAUGAGCAGCGCUCCGCUGACCAAUCUGUCAAGUACAAAGCCGAGAUGGAGAAGCUUGAUGCGCGCGCAAAAGUCAUCCAGGAAACUGGACUUGCCUAAGGAAUUGAAUAUGAGGUGCUGCCACUUAGAUUAGAGAGAAAUUCUAUGUACAAAUGACUGUUUCGUGAGCGAUCGCUGUGGUGCAGGUAUAGGAACUCAUGGUGUUUAUGAUCUAUUUAUGGUAUGGUACUGAUUAUUAAGGGCUAGGGGUCAAGGGAAUGGUAACGGGGACUUUGUCUGGUCUGGUUUGGUCUAUUUUUGUUCUUGUUUGUGUUUGUGCUGGAUCGUGUAUGGUGCGAUGGCCCUGGUUAAGACAUGACAUAACCCAGACUCAGCUGAGCUGGCAGUCACUUGGGAAUAGUUGAUAAUCAAAGGCUCGUGCAACGUGCGUUUUGUCUAUUUAUGUCGUCUUAUAACAUUGAAGGACCAAGCUUUGCAGCUCUAUCUAGUUGCGAUGAUUGAUGGCAACCGUUGUCUAGACCAAAGAGGGGAAAAAACCGACAAACGCCUCGCUUAUGAUAUGAAUGUUCAAGUCCUCCCAGGAUGCCAAGUCGAGUAUAAUAUCCAAACUGAAAUCUGGUGCGAGCAGUCAUCUGACUUAUCCCUGCUUCUCAUAAGGCGGGAUUUCCAGAGCAACUUCACCAUCUGCUCCAUACCACUUCGCGCCACUUGUCUUGACUUGUCUUCCACUCGCAAGGUACAGAAGCAAGUAUGUAUGUUUCGCAACAUGGCCCCAGCAAUAUAAGCGUAUCCAGUCGUGGGUUUUGUCCCUACGACACCAGGUUCCCCAGCCCGCCAAACCACUCUUGAGAUAAUUAGCGAGGAAAACCCAAGUAUCAAACCGGACAGUUGGGUCCCAGCCACUGCAGUUGAUAAGCCAGUAUCCUCGCUCGAAGGCUUCGAUAUCGCGUUCUGUCGUCGGGCGAUAUCUCGACGACAGAUCGCGGGCGAGUUUUGCGAGCUUCUCAGAUAUCAAAUCUGCAGGAUCGAUGUCGUCAACUCCCACGGAUGGGGAUGGUGGCCGGAUUUCCAAGCUACUGCUGACUUGGUCUCCCUGCGAGUUUCUCGUUGACAGAGCUGGGCCUGUAUCGCUAGAGCUUCUGACUAGAUCACCAUGCUCCAAGUGUCCAAUCUUGGAUCGUUUUGAUAGUGGGGGUUCUGACCCUGCACGAGGCGACAGAGCUGGCGAGUGGUUGCUAACCACACUGCCAGAAAUAUGAGUGACAUCUGGAGCCAAAUGCUCGAAGGCUAUCACCUCUGUAUUCGCCGAGGGUAUGGGAACAUCGGCUGCUUUGUCUGUUUGUGGCGUCGUAGGUACGAUAUUUAUGAUCCCAGGGGCCUCGAGAGGCCAAGUUUCUUCUUGACUGUGAGGUGGUAGGGAAGAGGGAAUAUCGACUCUCUGUCCAAACUCUGGUAACGGAGGACGCUUCUUAUGUGCAGUUGGCGACGAAUAUGGUUCCUGCGAUGACUGAGUUCUUCGGACGUAGCUGUGUAGUAUACGUGACGGUGAAACGUCUAAGAGCGCAGCAUCUGGCAUGGGAUAAGAGUCACUGAUUUGACUCGCAGGCGCACACCAGGAGUUGAUUGACCCGAAACCAGUAUGGUCUGAUGAGGGGAUCGCACUCCGAGCCAAUGCCUCACGCGGUAGACAUGGUGAUGAUCGAUUGUCUAUAGCUCCUUCGAAACUUAGAUCUUGGGAUGUGAUCUCAAAUGAUCGUCCAAACGAAGUUGUUACCCUGGUCUGACUUGGCGAUGGCGCCCCUUGAUAUCUUUCUGGCACACGCUGUUGUUCCUCAACUGUCUGCGAAUCUAUCACAGACAGUUGUGUGCGCCUGCAAGGCUCAAAAGAUAGAUAAGCUUGGGCAAGUUGUCGAUAUGAAACAUCAUCGGUUGACCGACUUGGUGCUGUGAUGUGGACAAGAAUCUCUGCGCCGUCCGAGCUGUUCCUUGCCAUAGUCUGAAUGCCAGUUGAGCAUGUCGACUGCUUCUCGCCUAAAAACGCUAUUUCCCAAGAGAAGAGGAGUAAUCGUGCUGAAGAGAAGAGGAAAUGUUGUUCCCAAGGUCGAUAAUGGAAGUUGUUGAUAUCCAAAGGGGUCCAAAAUAGCAAGUAAAAGAGAGCACAAGCCAGGUGAGACAAGGGUGAAGGUAUAUGGAAUGGAGUUGUAGGCAGGCAAAAAGAGAACAAGAAAGAAGAAGCGUAGGUGGUUAUGGUAGUCCUUUGGUAGUAGGAAAAAAGAGAGAGGAGAAGUGAAGCCUCGUGACACACGAUAUCGAUUCACGCC